AUGGCCUACGAUGCAUACCGUGGUAGCGGAAACAGUUAUGGUGGAGGUGGCGGCUACGGCGGUGGAGGAGGUGGUGGAUACGGCGGCGGAUCUAAUGGAUAUUCUAACGGGUUCGUCUCCAUCUCUGCCAUCAAGAACAUGUUUGUCACAGGAUUAGAUACAAGACAAACAUUUCGGGUACGUGUAUUUUUCUUAGAGACUAUCGCUAACCUUAUUAUAGCGGACCUCGCGGUGGCUACGGAGGUGGUAACUCUUAUGGUAGUGGUGGCUACGGGGGUGGCGCGGGUGGUGAUCGUAUGAGCAACCUUGGUGCAGGUCUUAAAGCACAGUCGUGGGGUAAUAUUCCAUUAAAUCUCGAUGUCAGAAGAUUUGUGAGGAUUAACGCUAGAUAGAUAUGAAUACCCUUCCCAAAUUUGAGAAGUCUUUUUGUAAGUUUUUGAUUCCUUUAUCACGAGAAUGUUCCAUCCACUUACAUUCCACAGAUAAGGAAGCACCGACUGUUGCAAGUCGUACAUCUGCAGAUAUCGAGGCGUUCCGUCAUGAAAAACAGAUGCGUGUACAGGGCCGCGAUGUUCCUAAGCCUGUUGUUGAUUUUGACGAGGCUGGGUUCCCUAGUAAGUUUCACGCCUCUUAUGCAUUCCUUAGAUACGCGUUUACCUAAAAUGUUACUAAUGUGUCUGGUCCGACAGGCUAUGUUAUGAAUGAAGUUAAGGCUCAGGGAUUUGCCGCACCCACGGCCAUUCAAUCUCAAGGUUGGCCGAUGGCACUUUCUGGGCGUGAUGUAGUUGGUAUUGCCGAAACAGGCUCUGGAAAGACGUUAACCUAUUGUCUUCCCGCUAUCGUUCAUAUCAACGCCCAACCACUUCUUGCACCAGGAGACGGCCCCAUCGUUCUUGUCCUGGCGCCAACUCGCGAAUUAGCUGUUCAAAUUCAGCAAGAGGUUGCUAAGUUUGGGAAGUCCUCUAGAAUACGUAACACGUGUGUUUACGGAGGAGUCCCUAAAGGCCCCCAAGUUAGAGACUUGUCCCGCGGUGUUGAGGUGUUGAUUGCUACUCCUGGUCGUUUGAUCGACAUGUUGGAGACUAGCAAAACUAACCUUCGCCGUGUUACCUACCUUGUUCUCGACGAGGCUGAUCGCAUGCUUGAUAUGGGGUUUGAGGUGGGAUAUAUAAUGAUUCAUGUAGUGAUUCAGAGGAUGAAAAUACUGACUCAAUCCUAGCCCCAAAUCAGAAAGAUUCUCGGUCAAAUUCGCCCUGAUCGCCAAACUUGCAUGUGGUCCGCUACCUGGCCCAAGGAAGUUAGACAGCUUGCAUCCGAUUUCUUGAACGAUUUUAUUCAGGUCAACAUUGGUUCUCUAGAGCUCUCUGCCAACCAUAGCAUUCAACAGAUAGUGGAAGUCAUAAAUGAUUAUGACAAGCGCGAUAGGUAAAUCAUUCUCGCCUUUCUAUGAGUUGAUUUCUCACUGACAUCUUCUAUAGACUCAUUAAGCACCUUGAGAAAGUAAUGGAUGACAAGAAUAGCAAAUGUCUGAUCUUUACAGGUACCAAACGUACCGCUGAUGACAUUACGAGAGUAUGUUCCAUGAAGUUACCGUUUAAUCGCCUUUAGUGAUUCUAACCACCAUAUAGUUCCUUCGUCAAGAUGGUUGGCCCUGCCUUGCAAUCCACGGUGACAAACAACAGACCGAACGUGAUUGGGUUCUUAAUGAAUUCAAAACGGGCAAGAGCCCAAUAAUGGUUGCUACCGACGUGGCCAGUCGUGGCAUUGGUAUGAUAUUUGCACGCCUUUUCUUUAACCCCAUUUCCCCCUCGUGUGUCAGCGUACAGAUGCUCUUCUCUCGAUACUCCGCCGGACUUGCUGCCAUAUCUUGCUUCUAUUCCGGUGUCUGUUGGUUUUCUCCCAUGAGAACUUUAUCUCGGGGUGCAGCGAUAUCAGUUUCCAGGCCUUUUCCAUUGGCCUUCUAUUGCCUCAUUUUCGUAAUGUGAGGUAAUGUUGCCUGGUUAUUCGCUACAGCGCUGCACAUCCCGAGGUUCAAACAGCACAGGAUCCUGGAUUUAUGCAAUGAUGAAGUUAUUGAAGGCUGUGAGAGUGAGACGCAUAAUGCCGCCUUGCACAGGAAGUUUCAGUUUUUGGCCAAGUGUUUUUCGCUAGUGGUGUGAUGCUAACUUGGUAUGUCGCAAGAUGUUCGUAACAUCACGCACGUUAUUAACUUUGAGUGAGUAUUAAUAUUCUCUUGUCGGUCGAAAUUGAAACUUUACUAAUUGCGACCCUACAGCUACCCAAAUAACUCUGAAGAUUAUGUUCACCGCAUUGGCAGAACUGGCCGUGGAGGGUGAGUUUUGAUAUCAUUUCUACUUAUUUUCCAAGGAUGUUGAUCUUUUAUAGAGCCCGUGGAACCGCCAUCACCUUUUUCACCACCAACGAUGCAAAGCAAGCCAGAGACCUGCUCACCGUCUUGAGAGAAGCUAAACAACAGAUUCCACCAGAAUUGGCCGACAUGUCCAGAUCUAGUUUUGGUGGUGGUGGGGGGCGUUAUGGAUCAGCCCGCGGCCGCGGCGGCCGUGGCGGUGGUGGUGGAGGUAAGCUUUUGUGCUGAAACCCCUAGGUUCAAUUCCUAACAAUGAUCUUAUCUGCAGGCUUCACCUCUUCUAACAGUGCGCCUCUUGGACGCAGCCGGUUCUAGUGCUUUUACUCGACAUAAAUAA